AUGGUGGCAGUUAAGAAGACGAGAGAGUCAUCUGUCCAGGUGAAGGGUUCUUCUAUAACGUCAGUGGCAGAUCCCAAGGUGGACAAGUCCAGCCCUGCAUGGGAUGCAGACGUGUCUGAUCUGCUGACGAUAAACCUCCUGUCAAGCCCGUUUGUUUGCUUCAAGCUGGUUGAUCAUAUCCAUCAGGCUGGUGAUCUUGAGACAGUCUCAACUCUUGCUGCUGAAACUAUCCGAAACUCGUCUGCUGUUGCCUCUUCUUCUGCUAUUGACUUGGUUAGUCGAAAAGAUGCUUACUUCCGUCUUGAGCGCAAGAAUGCUGACGUCUCCUUUAGUUUUGACAAGCUUCUGGCUAGAUUUGGCGCCUACAACAAGUCUGAUGAAAAGUCCUAG